CGCCUCCCCCUCUCCUUCCAUUGUGGAGGGGGAAGCCCGCGCUCGACCCCAGCAGCUUUCCAGGCGGAGGGGGAAGAUCCGCGCCCAGGAAUGGUCCUCUAGCAGCCUCACAUGAAUUGGGGAGGCGGGUGAAGGGGCUGAUCCAGGCAGGGGGCUCGCCCCCUUUAACCAGUAAGCUCCGAACCCAAGAAGGGAUUGGAUUAGCCGAACAAAGGCGCCCUCUUUCUGCCCCCUCACUCACGCCCCUGUUUUGGGUCGCCACCGGACAGGGGAUCUCGCCGCAGCUGCCUUGGCUGACCCGCAUGAGCUCUGGCUGCCUGGAUCGCCAGGUAGGGAUGAGCAGAUCCCCUACGGAUGGCAAAAGGAGAGAGAGGAGCGUGGCCCAACUGGGGGUGGGGAAUGCACCAGGGUGUUGUGCAUACUCGGGUCUGCUCCUAUGCAUCACACUGCUCCGACGGAGCCAUCCGCGACUCGCGGGAGAGAAAUAGCUCCGGGUUGCAGUGCUAGGAACUAGAUCGCUCCUUGCCGGCCGCCUGUGGCCUGGCGCACUGUGGUUGGCUGUAGCCUGUGCUGCAGCUUUAAUCUUCAUGCUGUGGGUAGCGGAUCUCUCUUUCGCGGGGGUUAAAUUGCAGCCCUGCAACAUGUGGCAUGCUGAGGAAGGAAGAGUGGCUCCGAGCAUGUGCAGAGAGCCCUUCUCUCCCACCGUGGCCCAACUCCUACAUCACUCUGUACUUAGGGCUCUGUUUUCGGGCUUCAAAUACAUGCAAACGGUGGCCUAUUUUCAGAUUGCAUAUAAUGUGCUAUCCAUUGUAGAGCUUGCAAGCAAUAUACAUGACAGCAGCAGCUUGUGGUAAAAAGAGGUGACAAAAUGAGCCACAUGGAGGAGAACUUUAGCCCAGAGGAGGCACGAUCGCAGCUUGUGACCAAACGUAAACUCCUUAAGAUGUUAAGCUUAAGUCCUGGACACAGUCAGUCUCGCGCUGAAGUGAGGGAGAAAAAAAUCCCUUCAAUGACGUGGCCAGUGAAACCAGUUCAGACCAUCAAGAAACGGAAAGUCUUUUUGGUCCAUCGGGGUACUCAGACAGAAGAGAUUCCUGACAUUUGCAUUGAGUGCGGGAAAGUCUUCAUCCAGAACUCGAGCCUAGUCAGUCAGUGGCAAGCACAGCCUGAUGAUAAGCCGCACAAGUGCUCUGAAUGCGGGAAAAGCUUUUCAGUCCGCUCCAGCCUGAACAGGCACCAGAGAAUCCACACAGGGGAGAAGCCUUAUAUAUGUCUUGACUGCGGCAAACGGUUCAAUGAUAAGUCCAACCUCACCCAGCACCAGCGAAUCCAUACAGGCGAGAAGCCCUACGAGUGUAUCGACUGUGGCAAAAGCUACAGCCGCAGCUCACACAAGAAGAAACACCUGAAGGACUCAAUGGAAGAACAGAUGGAGACCUGCACUCCGGGCGAUGAUGGUGCCGAUGCUAGCAGUGGCAGUGAGAAACCAAAACCAAAGCAGAAACCGGAAGUGCUGAACACCUGUACAGAAUGCCUGCGGAGCUUCAGCCACAACGCUGACCUUAUCAAACACAUGCGUAUCCACACAGGGGAGAAGCCGUACAAGUGCAACAUCUGUGAGAAAAGCUUCAAUGUCAGCUCCAACCUCUUCAGGCACCAGAGAAUCCACACAGGCGAGAAGCCAUAUGUAUGCUCCGAGUGUGGGAAUUGCUUCACUGACAAAUCCACCCUGGUUCAGCACCACCGGAUCCACACUGGGGAGAAGCCUUAUGCGUGUCGGUUUUGUGGCAAGUGUUUCAGCCACAGCUCUCACCACAAGAGACAUGAGAAGAUCCACAACAGAGAAAACCCCUUGUUUGCUUAUCCUGUCCCCUUGUUUUAACAAGUAAUUCUCUCAGUGGGGGAGGGAGCAGGGGAUAUGGGACUGUGCGCCUCGAGGAGCUUACUUUUUUGAAGAAUGCAGAAACCGCCAGUUUGAAUGACAGGAGGCCAACGAAAGGUUCAUCCAUGACUCAAUAGAGCUACUGGAUAUCAAUGCAUUAAGUUUACAGUAUCUUUAACGAGCUCAGCAUACGUUACGUGUUCCAGGGGAUGCUCAAAAGUUAAUGAAUGUUGGUGUUCUCAAUCAAAUGCCAAUAAUCCUAGCUGAAUUUUGUGAGUGUCUGAAAAAAGAACUCCCUAGCUUUGAGGCGUAUGCCCCUGAAUGCUGAGGCGAGAGCAUUGAGGCGAGAGCCAGUAUUCAUUGGCUGAGUCUGGGCAUGUGCUGAUAUUCACAUGAAUAUCAGCCUUCACCAAAAUAGGGAAUAUCUAAUAUUUCCAAAGAGCUCCUUGAAUGGAAUAUUGUAAGAACUUGGGAAUGUUGUAAGUAACAUUUGGAUUUUCAGUCAAGGUCCUGUAGAAUUAGUAUAUUGAUAUGCAGUCAUUGUAUUGAGUUGUGGGGGAACCAUCUGUUGAUUCUGCUCCGGGGUGUUUUGGCUCUUGGGCCUCUGUUUUUCUUUCUGGCUCCUCUGACUACCUACGCAAACAAGUCCGCUAGUCUCUUUUUGAGAAAAAGACUCCCAGUCUCUAUGCAAAGACUCUUGCGUGAUGGAGAACCUGCUCGCUUCCAUUAGGAGGUAGUGCUAGUAGUAAAUUAAUCUCAGUAGCCUUAUACUUUGGGGCUUAACUUUUGGAUCAUGCUAUAUUAAUUGGAUUCCAGCUAUUAGAUCAUGCUAUAUUAAUUAUCUGCUAAAUUAGAACAAGCCCAUAUUUGGUAGAAAACUGUGUGCCAUGUAGGUUUCUACGGAAAAUUCACCUGAUCAAUGCCUCUUUGGUAAGCUAGGUAACUUGAAUUUUCUUGAGGCCUCCAGAAAAGGCGUUUUUCAGACUUGGGAACUGUAUUUUUUCCCUGCCCUUUGCUGCACUUUCUCAGCAACGUGGCUAGUAGAAAUAGACAUUGGAGGAAGAAGAGGCAUGUUAUUCUGUAGCAACAGGAAGAUAAAUUGUGCUGUAACACCAUAGAGACUGAGUGGUUAUUAUGGCCUGAGACUUCAUAGGCAACAGAUGCCAUCACGUACUCACACAGUGGACUGAGAAGGUGGAGGGUGUGUGCGUGUGUGUGUGUGUAAAGUAUAUAAAACACACGGACACACACACAUGGUUAAAAAUCAAAUUAACAACAUGAAAACUGAAGGUAACAUGCUCAAAUUACUGGACCACUAAACGUAUGAAAACAAAACGUAAUGAAAUAGAGGAUAGAAAUAGAGUAAACCACCUAUAUUCUUUAUCCAAGCCCUGAGAAAGGUUAUCAGAUUAGUUAACAAAUCCUAUUCUUUUCGGAUUCUUCUGAUUUAAGAAUCGCAGCCCUAUGGACCAAGAGGGAGCAUUGGUGAAGGCUGCGACAUUCAGUCGUUGGUUUCUAUAUGUUCCCCUGUGUUGUCCGGUUUAUGUCCAGAAGAGCGUGAUCCAUUCUGAUAAGAGUUAGUGUUCCCUCCAGCCAUGUUGGAGAUGUUUUAUGUGAAUCUUGGCUCAGCCAUGGACCUAGUGGGCAAAGUCACUGCCUCUGUGCCUCUGCUCCUCCUCUGUAAAAACAGGAGUACUGGUGAUCUACUUAGCUGGGUAGUUAUGCUUAACUAUUAAAAUAAGGCAGUGUUGUGGCCCACUCUGAUCUUUAGAAGUAAGGUGGGCCUACAAAUUUAGAUCUAACAGAGGUAGCCUGAAAUGGGAACUAUAAAAGUAACACAAUGGGAAAUUUUGGAAUUAGCUGUCCAUAGAAGACUGUUGUUUGCUAUUAUCUAAGUAAUUUUUGUGGUUAGCUUUUAUCCUUUUCUGUAGGCAUCUUUUAUGAAAAUGUUUGUCAUUAAUAGAAUGUCUGAUAGGAAAUCUAACCUUGGCUCUUUUGACAUAUUAUAGCAGUUGAUUCUACAGGUUAAUUAAAUAUUUUGGACUAUUGGCUUUUUUUUGGGUUAAGCAUCUUGAAUGAGAUCUAGAGGGGCAGACAGACCUUGUCCUCUAAUUCUACAAAUACAAGGAAACAACCCCCCAACAUUUCUAACCCCCCUAUCCAUAUGCCCUGCAUUCAUGCUCUUUGAAUUCAUGUUUUAUUUCUGUCUGCUGUCUGUGUUUUGUAUUCCAGAAGGCAAACUCUUGGCUAAUAUAGAGGGCUUUAGAAUAUUUCCACUAUUAUUUGUAGAUUAUUCUUUUUCAAGCAUUAUGUGUUAAGGGUUUUUUUGUAAAAAAAAUUUAAGUCAACCUUACACAACAUCACCCAUUGCAAACACUUCUGCUGCCCUGUCUGCCCGCCUCAUUGCUAAAAUGCACCUGCAGUGCUACCAUAGCAUUAUGGUUUGUUGUAUGGUGUUGGAAGGGAGGGAAGGUGGCAUGGUACAGCCUGAUCUCGUCAGAUCUCGGAAGCUACGCAGGGUCCGUACUUGGAUGGGAGACCACCAAGGAAGACUCUGCAGAGGAAGGCAAUGGCAAACCACCUCUGCUUCUCACUUGCCUUGAAAGCCCUAGCAGGGGUCGCCAUAAGUCAAUUGUGACUUUAUGGUACUUUACACAGACAUGGUGUUGGCAUGGCACGUGAUAAACCCUCUCCUAAGCAUUUUUGUGUUGGCAGAGCUAGACUUUGGAUCACAGCAGAGUGAUCUGUCUGCUUUGACAACCAAAGUUGUGGACCCGAAAGAUCAGCUGAAAUCUAAGAGGUUUUUUAAAGAUCAAUAACCAUGCAAGAUUGCUGCCCAGCAUCCAAAUUCAGCAAGUCUUUUAUGCUUGUGAUGUCCACUAGCAGGGAGGAUGGCUUUUUAAAACAACUUAAAUAAAUGGAUAGGUCUAUCAAAGGCUAUUAUCCAUGCCAACUAAGUAGAAUCUACAGAUUCUGGCUGAAUGGAGUCUCUCUCCAUGUACUGAGGCAGAACACUGAGACACUAGUAUUGGUAACUUCCAUCAGGGCCUGCUAAAGAACUUCCCAAGAGAUCUGACUGGCCACUGUUGAAUAAAAUCUUUAUGUGCAUUAGAAGAUGAAUGUGGAUUACAUGUGUCCCUCCCAAAUUCCCAUAAUAAUAUACCCCAUAAUUCUAAACUUAGUGAUUACUGUGGAUGAAAUGUUUUGCCAGAACUCUAUAAAGAUUUGCUGGUACUCUGUACCAAUCUAUUCCUGUCUCCUUCUGCCACUGUGUUUCCUGAUGUACAGAGCCAUCUUCCCCCACCCCUCCUCCCCAGGUGUUUGCCAUUGCAAGGAUUUCAACAGUGGGCAUAGCUCACAGAGAAUGGGGAUGUUCAUGCAAGAUCUCAAAAGUGUGCUUUGUUAAGGACCUGGAGCUGUAGAUGAGGGGUGGGGAAUGGGUGAACUCAGCUUCUUCCUGAAUUCCCGCAGUUAAUUUAGAGCACAGCAAUGUGUAUAUGUAGUUCACAUCUUUCCUUUUUAAAAUAGGUGAUGUGGUGUAAUGAUUUUAAAGCAAGCCUUGCUAUUGAAGUGAAUGGAGAGUUAUAAUAACUUAACUGACAUAGUAUCUAAGCAUUUCCCUGGUGAAUGAAACCUUAAUUAAUAAAAUAAAAUAAGGUUU